UCAUACUGAGCAGUCCUCCUAAUAUUCAUAUUUUGAAAUAUAAUUUACAGUGCAUUAUCAUAACGAAUGUUAAUGUUGAAUUAAAUUUUUAUAAUUGUUUAAUAAAUUUUUUUGGCAUUUUUUAAAAAUGUUGGCGUUAAUUUUAUGUGCUGUGUUGUGUUUUCUGUAUGCGUGGUAUCAAUGGGAAAGUAACUAUCGACGGUUAAAGAGUUAUAAGCUGCCCCCUAUGUACCCUGGACUACUGCCUAUUAUCGGCCACGCACAUUUACUCAUUGGAAACACUACGCGGCUAUGGACUAUGGUGCAGUUGUUAGCUAAACAGGCAUUGGACAAUGGUGGAGUCAUAAGCGGCUUCAUUGGAAAAGAUCUCUAUUACAUAAUUGCUGACCCAGAAGACAGCGUGACGGCAGCUAAUGCGUGUUUGCACAAACACUUCGCAUACGACUUUGGAAAACCAUGGAUGGGCGAAGGACUUGUCUUGGCUUCAGGCCCCACGUGGAAGAGACAUCGCAAGCUCCUGAACCCAGCAUUCAGUCUUCAAGUGCUGCACAGUUUCUUAGGAGUGUUCAACGUUCAAGCCAGACGUCAAGUUAACCAUUUCGACGCUGAAGUCGGACGCGGGAAAUUCGACCAUCUUGCCUCGUUGAAGCAUAUCGCUUUAGAGACAGUAUGCUUGACUGCUUUCGGAAUCACAGCAGACGAAGACAAGGACUUCAACAAGCUUUACAUGGCAGCCGUCGACCAGAUCCUGAACAUCAUUGCGAUGAGAUUCUCCAACUUCUGGCUGCAGAGUGACCUGAUCUAUAGCUUCACGGAACUCAGGAAGAAGCAAGAUGAAGUAGUCAAAGUUUUGAAUGCUAUGUCUACUGCUGUCAUCAAAAGGAAAAAGGAACAGAUGCAAAGUCUACCCAGAGAAGAAUGGGAAGCACAGCGUCAACGCACAGGUAUCAAAUGCAAAGCCCUGAUGGACCUUCUACUGGAAUUGGCAGAAGAAAAUACUCUCACGGACAAGGAGAUCAGGGAAGAGGUGGACACCGCUAUUGUGGCUUCAUAUGACACUACUUCUUGCUUGCUCGCUUAUAUUAUGAUGAUGUUGGGAACUUACCCUGAGGCACAAGAGAAGAUGUACCGAGAAUUAGAAGAAAUAUUCGAAGGUACAGACCGUGACGUCACGAAGGAUGACUUGCCCAGAAUGGUGUACACUGACGCUGUGAUCAAGGAGACUCUAAGACUGAUCCCUACUGGCCCUGUAGGAUUACGAUAUGUCGACAAAGAUGUACAACUGAAAAACUACACAAUGCGCGCUGGCAGUCAAUGUGCGCUGUUGAUCUACGGCAUCCACUACCAUGAGAGCUGGGGGCCUGACGUGAGGGAAUUCAAACCUGAGCGCUGGUUGGACCCCAACAACGCCCCUAACCCCAACAUGUUCGCUGGAUUCAGUAUUGGAAAGAGAGCUUGCAUGGGAAGGACAUUCGCCACACUAUCAAUGAAGACCACACUAUCACACGUACUACGGCGGUUCAAGAUCAAAGCUGACAUCACUGACCUGAAGUUAAAGAUAGACUUCUUGCUGAAACCAGUCUCCGGAUCCCUCGUCAGCUUAGAAAGGAGAAAUUAUUCACUUAAGUUUGCAGUUUGUUCAAUUCUUGACAGAUAUUCAGACGAGAUGAUUGGUGUAUUGUUAUUUUGUGUUUUGAUGUGCCUCUGCGCAAUAUGGGCGUGGCUUGUGUUUAUUGUGGGUAGUAAACACAAACUGCCCCCAAUGUACCCUGGGCACCUACCAAUUAUUGGACAUUUGCACCUCUUAAUAGGUGACGGAGUUUACUUAUGGAAUUUUGCAAAAGUAGUUGCCAUGAAAGCCAUGGAAAAAGGCGGAGUUCUAGUUCUGAUUUUGGGAUAUCGAAUAUAUUACGCAAUCACAGAUCCUGAAGACGCCUUGACAGCUGCGAAUGCUUGCCUACAGAAGCACUUUACUUAUGAUUAUGCCAAGCCUUGGUUGGGUGAAGGAUUGAUCACAUCUUCAGGUGAGAUAUGGAAACGUCAUCGAAAGCUGUUGACACCAGCCUUCAGUCUACCAGUGAUGCUCAGCUUUCUAGAAGUUUUCAACAGCCAAUCUCGAAUGCUGGUUGAGAAUUUAAAAACAAGAGUUGGAAAAGGAAAGUUCGAUCACACUGAUUAUUUGAGGAACAACGCUUUGCAGACGUUUUGCUUAACUGCAUUCGGUUUCACAAACGGUUUCGAAGACAAACAGUUUAUUCAGAAAUAUAUGCGUGCUGUAGACGAGAUAUUGAAUAUUGUAACUCGAAGGUUCCAGAAGUUUUGGCUCCAAAGUCAACUAAUAUUCCAAUUGUGUGGCUAUCAGAAACGCCUAGAUGAAGUUGUAAAGAUUGUCAAUGAUAUGUCUGAUAAGGUGAUACAAAUGAAGAAAGCAGCUAGACUCAACGGUACUGAAUACACUUCAGAUACAAAAUACAAGCCAUUCCUGGACCUUCUGUUGGAGUUAUCAGACGACAAUGCAUUGUCUGACAAGGAGAUCAGAGAAGAAGUGGACACAGCUAUCGUCACUGGCUUCGACACGACUUCGAGCUUACUCAGUUACAUCAUGAUACUGCUGGGAACUCAUCCUGAAAUCCAGGAGAAGAUCUAUCAAGAGAUCAAACAAGUAUUCCCAACAGACAGAGAUGUUGAUAAGGAGGAUCUUCAAAAGCUGGUGUACACAGAAGCAGUUAUUAAAGAAAGUCUCCGAGUCUUCACCACUGGUCCAGUCACCUUGAGAUAUGUCGACAAGGACGUCAAACUUAAGAACUACACGAUGCGCGCAGGUAGUCAAUGUAUCAUCUUGUUGUUUGGAGCCCAUCGUGACCCCGUUUGGGGUAAAGAUGUUGAGCAGUUCCGACCAGAAAGAUGGUUGGAUCCGGACACGCCUGUCAACCCUGGUGCCUUCAUCGGAUUCAGCUUGGGCAAACGAUCCUGUUUGGGUAGAACAUACGCCAUGAUCUCUAUGAAGACGACGCUAGUACAUUUCCUGAGAACCUUCAAGGUGUCGGCCGAUGACAGCAAUCUACAACUGAAGAUCGAUUUUCUUUUAAAACCUGUUUCUGGACAUGAAAUCACGAUUGAGCAACGAACAUGAAUAAGUUAGGUACCGUCUACCGACUAUAUAUUUAAAGAUACACUGUGUACCUAAUAAUUUAAAAUGUAAAUAACAGGUGUAGACCGAUCUGUACUAACAGAUAGAUCUACAAAUCUAGACAUGUUGACAAUAUCAGUAGGUAUGUUUACUUAUGGUGCAAAUUGAUAAUUUGAUGGUUGUUUGUUACGAAUACAUGAACUCCGAAACUAAUAGAUCAGCUUGUAAAAUGCUUUCCAUAGAACACUUACUCUUCAGGGAAUAACAUUUCAGGCAAUAGGAAUUUCAGGAUCAGGGACCAACAAUUGUAUAGUAUUGUUACUUUAUAUAUUUUAUAUUAGCGACCCGCCCCGCCUUCGCACGGGUGCAAUAUGCAUAUA